ACCUCAUCUAUCUAAUCUAAUUCUCCUCCAAUUUCCGAUUAUUGUCCUCCUUUCCCUUCUCUCUCCUCACUUUCUUUUCUUCGUCAUUGGACUUUCUCUUCCAUCGUCGAACACAAUACAACAAUACACAGAGACACACACAGACAUGUGAGAUGGUUCUUUGGAGCUUCAAUCUGUUUAUCUCCAAAACCCAUCUCUUUCUCUCCCCAAAUUCUUCUUCUCUGUUUCUCACUCUACCCAUACUUUCUCUCUCCAAUCCCCUCACUUCAUCUUGUUGAUUUUCCAAUGCAAUCCCCUGAUCUCCGAUGUGACCCUUCCGUACACAAUCCCAACCCUCCCGAUCUCCCCACCAUGCCCGACGAACCCUCCUCUCCGAUCCACCCCCAUGACCACGAACCCCAACAACAUCACCAAAAACACUCCGAAAACAAUCACAACAUCGAAAACAAAAAUACCCACAAUGGAAUCAACAAUAUAGUGAGGAAGGAGCGACCUUCCAGGGCGUGCACGGCACGUGCUGCGGCGAGGUUGUAUGCGGCGGAGGCUGCGGCGGCGGAGCGGAAGCAGAGGGCGGCCAGGAAGGACCGGGUGCGGGAGAAGUCGCCGGAGCCAUCCCGACCGCCGCCGCCGCCGCAAUGUAAGAUUGUAACACCGCUGACGGUGGAGCCGCCGCCGUCUCAGUUGCCGAGGUGGAGUCUACGGUCGAUGUGGGAAUUGGGUUCAAUUCUAAAUUUCUUGAAUGUUUUUAGGUCCUAUUUGAAUAUUAAAGUUGAAUUCUCAGCAGAGGAGUUUGAGACUGCGUUGAUUACCCCAAACAACACUUUGGGUGAUAUACAUAUACCUUUGUUGAAGGCAAUCCCUCCUGUUACUCGAAUGGCCCUUGGACAUAAUACUUGGAUUACUGUUCUAUGCCGAAAAUUGAGAGAUUGGUGGCAUUGGGUUGCAGAAGGGGAGCUACCAAUAGUUGCAUCACAUGGGGCUGAGAUUGAAGCAUAUAAUUCACUCGAUCCUGGGGUUCGUGUGGUGAUUUUGAAAGCCUUAUGUGAUAUCCGAGUCGAGCAAGAAGAUAUUCGGAACUAUAUAGAUGACUCAAUCAAACAUGGUGUUCAACUUUCAGCAUUCCGCAAGGAACGUGUUGGGGGUGAUUCUUAUGGAAUCUCGUAUUGGUAUGAAGAUGAUCCCAUAAUUGGUCAUCGGUUGUACCGAGAGAUUAGAAAAGUGGAGGUGAAGAAAGGAAAAGGAAAGAAUGUACAGCCAAUUCCUAGUUCAUCUUACCAGUGGGAAACAGUUGCAACUAAUUUGGAUGAAUUUCAAGAUGUUUCUGAGAAGCUUUUCUCAAGUAAAAAUAGAACUGAGGCUUCACUUGGGAAGAAGUUGAAGAAUGACAUGCUCCCAGAGAUUGAGAAGGUCCAUAAGAGGAAAGAGAAGCUGCUGAAAAAACAGCAUAGGCAAGCUCUUCUUCUUGAUAAUAUGCUGAAUGUGGAUGGGCUUGCUCCAGGACGCUCCCUUCGUGAUAGAAAACCUGUCACAUAUACUUUUGAUGAUUAUGACCGAUCGAUCAAUGAGGCUAUCAAGCUGACCAAGCAGAAACAGCCAUCGCCAGAGCCUACUGUCAGAAGAGAAAUCGCUGCAAACCCUGAUGCUUCUAUAAAUGGUAGGUGGAGUGGUGGUCCUCAAAUUCCUCAUCAAGACUCUUUCGACGCUCCAUCUCCAAAGUCAUUUGAUUAUGAUGAAACUGAUAUGGACCAUAACCCUGAACUAGCAGACCGCAGUAAUCGGCGAAGACAGAGGCCUCAACGGUAUUCAGCAAAAGAUUUUGUUGAUGUUGUUUCAGACAAUGAUGCUGACUAUGAUAGUGAUGAUGAUAUAGUUGGAGAAGCUGUAUAUGAUGAAGAAUAUUUGAGGCAGCGGAAACAAAGGAGAAAAUUGUCAAGCAGCUCUGAAGGAGAUGAGGAGUAUCAUGGGGAUGAAGAAAAAGAUGAAGAUGAAGAAGAAGAGGAAGAAGAAGCUGAUGAUGAUUCCUCGAGUAUGAGCGAGGAUAGUGAUGAGCGCCAAAGAUUUAAGAAAUUGCCAGGCCGCACUAGGAGGGAAACUAAAUUAAGGUCAGUUGGUGAGCUUCAGUCAGGUCUAAGGCGUAGUAAAAGGGCCACUAGAAACCGUAUCAAUUAUAGUCAGUAUGAAGCGUCGGAGUCAGAAGGGGAAUCGAUGAAACCUGAGAAUGCAUCGGAUGAACGUACUGAUACUGAUAAUAAUGCUGAAUUUUCAAUGGGAAGUCAGGACUCUGAGGGCAAUAAUGAUAAUGAGGAGAUAAAAGAAGAAGAUCAACCUGUAGAAGAGCUUCCUGAGACAGUAGAGAAAGAGCAAAACCAACCACCAGAGAAAUCAAACAGCCCGGGCCAAGAUGAAAUCAGAGGUGAAAGAAAAAGACGAUUUCUUGACCUAAAUGAACUUGCCCCAUGUUCUGGUUUUGAAGAUGGUCCCAACACAACAAUGAAAGGUGAAGAUACAGAUGAAUUCUAAAGCUUCCCUCUCCACAGGAAGGUUAUAUCGCUUUCUCUCGCGAAAGCUGGUUGUAUGAUACAUAAUCUAUAAAUUUUGCUAUAUGCCCAGGAAGUUACAAUUAGAGAGUUACUUCAGUUUCUUCGUGAUUUCCAGUGGGGAGCAACGCGAUGGUGAGAACAUUAUGUAGAUUGAGUAGUCAUUUUUUAGUAUGCCCACAUUCAAAGAAUCCUAUGGCAAAUGAAUGGGAAAUUUGUUGGGAUUUCUUUAGUCCUGUCUUAUCCAGUCUCAUUGUACAAUAACCUUUUUAACACAUUACAACCGAAAGUUUUUACUUUUAGAUGUUCAAGCCCCGUUGUUUUAUGUUCCUUGGUCAUGGCAAUGAUAUGCUUCCAAGCUUCUGGGUUGGUUGGGUCUGUAGAUGGUAUGAUCAAAUUUUAGAAACUGAUUUCGUUGUUGUAAUGGAACCAUCCUCCCUUGAAAGGUAACUUAUAUUCUUA